AUGACUACUGAUUCCCAGAUUCAGCUCUUUCUUUGGAAGAACUGGACUCUCCACAAUAGACAGAAGAUUCGGCUUUUUGUUGAGAUCAUGUGGCCAGCUGUUUUAUGCCUUGGACUGGUGUGGCUUCGGAAAGCCAUUCCCCUGUACCAGCACCACCAGUGUCACUUUCCCAACAAGGCAAUGCCGUCUGCUGGAAUCUUCCCUUGGAUCCAGGGGAUUUUCUGCAACAUCAACAAUCCCUGUUUCUGGUACCCCACCCCAGGAGAAUCCCCAGGCCUGUAUUCUAACAACCAGAAUUCCAUACUGGCCCACUUCUACGGGGACGUCCAAGAGCUUCUUCUCAGUGACCCGAACUUCCAGCAGAUGGGAAGGCUGUGGAAUGAGCUGACCAUAAUGAGCACCUUCAUGCAUACCCUGAGGAACAACCCCACCCAGAUUUCAGGUUGUGGACUGAAGAUUAAAGACGUCCUGAAGGAUAAUGAAACACUCAGCUCCUUCAUGCUGUGGGAGGUGUUCUUGCCAGAUUUUGUCAUUCAUCAGCUAGUAAAUGCCCAAGUGCGACUCAAGCAGUUUGCGAGUGGAGUGCCAGACCUAAGGUUGAAGGAUUUAGCCUGCUGUCAAGUCCUCCUGGAACGUUACAUCCCCAGCCCCAGUCUGUGCGGAGUGUGUGAAGCCGUGUGCACCCUGAGCCAGCAGAAGCUGCAUGCCAUUGAGGACAGCAUGUACGACAACAUUGACUUCUUCAAGCUCUUCCACUUGCUUCCCAGGGUGCUUGACCGCCACACUGCUGGCCCCGAUCUGCGAUUGUGGGGCAAAGUGCUCUUGGGCACCUCCAAGAAGUUGCACCAGUGCUUGGACCUGAACAAGUUUGUCGGCCUCUCUGUUGAGGGUCAGAUGACGGUCAAAACCCUGGACCUGCAGGGAGAGAACAAGCUCUGGGCUGGACUUGUCUUCCUGGACAUGACCCCUUGGACUUCUGAGUUGCCAGCUCACAUCAAGUUUAAGAUCCACAUGGACAUCGACUCUGUGGAGAGGACCAAUGAAAUCAAUAACAGAGAAUUCAACCCACUGGUGACGUACUGCUUGAUUUCACAAGCAAAAAUAUUUCAGAUUACCUAGUUAAGACCUACCCUACUCUCAUCAGGACCAGGUAUUUUUAUUAUCCAAUGCUUUUUAAUUGAUUUUUUUCACAUUUU